GCACACUCCUGGAUAUAAAUUCAAUCGGUGAGAGGAAGCUUUCAUUUCGCAUUGGGUAUUAGCCACAUAACACCAUGUGGUACUUCACUCUGCUACUGCUCGUUGCAGCAGUCGUUGCUACUCCUGGACAUGAACAUGCCUGGGAAACGGGAAACCAGUAUCAGUACCUUGUACGGAGUCGAACAUUGUCGACUCUAGAUCAACUAAGUGACAAGGCUACUGGAAUUAUAAUAAAGGCUGUGCUCACCAUCCAAUCGGUCACUGACGACAAGAUGCAGGCAACAUUAAUCAAUCCGCAGUUUGCUCGGAUACAUACACAAAUGCUGGACGGUCUCGACGCACAGUUGUCCGACCAGCAAUUGCAGUUUGAACAGCUUCCCACGUCCGGAAAGCCUUUUGAGAUCAUCGUCAAACACGGCAUGAUCCGAGACUUGCUGGUCGACAAGCACGUGCCCACCUGGGAACUGAAUUUACUGAAGGGUAUCGUAAGCCAGCUGCAGGUAGACACACAAGGCGAAAACGUGAUACAUGGCGACAGUACUCAAGAGCCGAGGGACGGACAAAACUAUGCUUCAUAUAAGACCAUGGAAGACACCGUCGGUGGCAAGUGUGAGGUUCUCUACGAUAUUUCGCCGUUAUCCGCGGACGAUCUCUAUAACUCACCGGAACUAGCACCUUUGGUGAAUGGCAAUAAUAACGAAGAUCAACUUAUCGAAGUCAGGAAAACAAAAAAUUACAAAAACUGCAAGCAGCAAAGAGGUUAUUCUUUUGGUCUCAGCGGCAGGAUGAGCUUGACACAAGGAUCCAAUAAGGAUCUUAAAGACAGAUUGACUACGAAAUCGUCGGACAGUCGCAUUGUCAUCUCUGGUGAUCUAAAGCGUUUCACUAUCCAAUCCUCCGUGACAACAAAUCACAUAUUCGUCAAAUCUGAGCAACCUGCUAAUUCUUUCAUCGGCACAGUCUACAGCAAAAUGAAUCUGACUUUAGUGAAUAUGAAUAAAAUAACCAAGGAAUUCUCUUUAAAUAAUAACAACCUCCAAUCAACCGGAAACCUUCUGUAUACGUACAACAAUCCGCUGACCGAACUAGAACAAGGCAAGCAACAUCAACAAACUAUCAGCAGAAAUUCUCAGCAAGUUCAGUCGUCCGAGAGCAGUAGCAGUAGCAGUAGCAGUUCUAGUGAACAAAAUCAUACUCAACGAAAAACCGGGCAAAAAGGACAGACAGGCAGUAGCAGUAGCAGUAGCAGUAGCAGUGGCAGUAGCAGUAGCAGUAGCAGUAGCAAUGGCAGUAGCAGUAGCAGCGACAGUUCUUCCAGUGCCGCCUCCAGCAGCGAAGAAUUCCAGCAUUUACAGACUUUACCAAGUUUGCACGAAGCUCCAAAGUCGAUGACGCCUCUUAGCCUGGCUUUCCAAGACAACCAGGAAUCGCUGAACGUAGUGAAAGAAGCUCAAAAAAAGAUCAGUCAAAUAGUCAACGAACUUCAACAACUUGAUAAUUUAAUAAGCCAAGAAACGCUGGAGAAGUUUACAAAUUUAGUAAACUUGCUGCGUGUAAUGAACGAGAAUCAAAUCGCCGAAGUUGAACAUGGCGUGCUAAGUAACAGACAUCACAAUUCGCAAUCAGACGAAAAUACCUCUGAACAAAAUGAUGCCUGGAAUACCAUUCGUGAUGGCGUUGCACAAGCCGGAACUGGUCCCGCUUUACUCACCCUCAUAAAAUGGAUACAGACAGGACAAUUAAAAGGCAUGGAAGCGGCACGCGUCAUUGCAAAAAUUCCCAGAGUUGUUCGCAUACCUUCAGAGACCUACAUCGAAGCAGUUUUCAAUAAUUUAGUUGCCAACCAGAAAGUGCAGCAACAGGAUUAUGUAAGCAAAAUCGCACCCAUCGCAUUUUCGGAAUUAGUCCGCAACGCCCAAGUCGACAAGAGGCAUUCCCAAAAUGCAUAUCCAAUAUACAAUUUCGGUAAACUGAAUCCCAAGAGUGAUAAAGACGUAACUGAAAAUUAUAUACCUUUUAUGGAAAAACAAUUACAUCAAAGCCUCAAGAAUGGUGAUAAUCCGCAAGCGCAGGUAUAUAUUGUAGCUUUGGGUAACCUCGGUCAUCCGAAAGUCUUGAGAGUCUUUGAGCCAUUUUUGGAAGGCCGACAGAAUGUGUCGACGUAUCUACGUACGUUGAUGGUUUCGUCACUGCGCAGUUUAGUCAGACGCACUCCAGCAGUUGUUGCACCAGUGCUCUACAAAAUCUACUUGAACGAUGAAGAGUCUCAUGAGGUGCGUUGCGCCGCGGUUCAUCUUUACAUGUUAACGAAUCCGCCUUUAGUCUCGAUGCUACGUAUGGCAAAGUACACCAAUUUCGAUAAGAGUAACGAAGUAAAUGCUGCAGUCAAGAGCAGCAUCAUAAGUCUAUCUAAAUGGGACCAGCCAGAGUUUUAUCAUCUAUCUCAAAAAGCGCGUCAUGCUAGAAGACUGCUAACAUCUAAGACAUUCUCCAGCACAAACUCGCAAGGCAUCUUCACGGAGACAACCAUCGUGCAAACCAUCGGCAGUGUCAGCAAUAGUUUGCCGAAGCAUGUCUAUCUAAAUGCGCAAAAUAAUUUCGAUAACAUAGCAAAAUCUAUAUUAGAAGUGGAAUACGGAGUAUCGACCGUCAGGCGUAUUCUCAAUAUAUUCGAAAAACCAGAAACACAUCACGAAAGCGCGUGGCUUGACAGUCUUCGUCGCUCGAUUGGUAUGCAGCCAAAAACAGUAGAGCAAGUGGAAGGAAACCUCAGGAUUGCCACCAUUUUCGGAACUGCUUUUUAUCCUUUCGACCAACAAAGUAUAGAGAAAUUGGCAUCACAUGUAGAGAAGAAUUUGAAAAAGGACCAACACGUGCAUAUUAACCAUAUAGACAGCUAUGACGAGACAGUGAGUUUCCCGACUGAAAGCGGCGUGCCGUUCACUUUCAGCCUCGAGAUGCCAUUAUUGACAAGAGUUUCUAUGAACCAUAAGCGUGGAGCAUCAGGCAAUACACCUAACAACAAAGGAACAAACGGCAUUGUCAAUUUAGUAGUCGCCAAAAAGGUGCAGACCAGAUUUGGUGUUGUAGUAUCUCACGUGCCUGAGCAGUAUGUCGCUGGUGUUGAUAGAAAUUUGUUUGUGCAUGUACCAGUAGAAUAUAACUGGAACAUGGAAUCCAAAAAGGAUUCCUAUAAUUUCGAGCUGAACGUGCACGUGGACCCGGAAGAACAAAGUUCGCCGCUUAAACUGGCGCAUCGCAGUGUUGUUCCCUUCAUCGCGCAAAUUAACAUGCAGACUCUUUCACCUGUCUCUCGCGGCAAUAUGCAACGAAUAUCCGAUGUAAAACAACUGAAAAAAUCCACUGUUCGCUUAGGCACAAUGCAGAUUGUUUCGGAAGUAGAAGCACAGUCAGUGUUGGGUCUAGAAAACGUUUGGCAGUGGUGGUCAUCUUUGUAUGACGAGUCUGUCCAUUAUAGAAAGGUUGAGGUAUUCAACUUGCAAGGAACGAACUCAGGCAACAAUGGACGCGACGACGUAACCCUCAAUGUCGCUUAUGAUGAAUCAAACGAUGACGAAAACAAUAAUAGCGAUGAAAAUGAAAACGGACUAAUGCACAAUUCCGUCCUCGACGUAACCGAUAAAAAACCGAAUAGCGCGGCAAGGAGAAAGCAGUUCCUGAAGGAAGUCAGCAAGGGUAUGAAUUCCGUCGAGGCCUACGUAUAUGACGUAACUGUCGAACUUCCGUUCCUUCAAAACAGUCAAGUUAUAACUAUCAGCGUAGGAGAGAGCAAUGUGGAACGAAAGACGCAAUACCUUGUCUAUUGGAAUCAGCAUCAUGCUAAAACAGGAGAAGUCGUACACGAAGCAUUGAUUACUGGAAUGCUGCAAUCAUCACAAGACAAUUUCUUGAGUUACGAUAAACUGGCUCACCAGAUGCCGGAAGACAAAUUCAUAAUAAAUGUGCGCGCUGGACAGAAUUAUAGAACAGCAGAAAAAAUCCAGGUAGAGGGAAGGCUAUUGCGAAGUGACAGUCUGUCGGAAACGCUAAUGAAAUCCCAGACAGUUCGACAAUGUGUGCUUGAGAUGCAGCGUGGCGAAGGAUUGGAAGCGUGCCAGAAGGCUAUUGAUUUGGCAUUGAAGAAAAAUCUUUUGCAGUUGUCGAUAAACAUGGAUUCUGACGAUCAAAACGAAAUCGCUAAUAUGAUUGUAAACUAUAUUAGUGAGAUAAUACCCAAGACAAACGUAGAGUUUACAAACACGAGGAAUUCUGGUUUGCGGAAUCAAAUCAAUAUGGAAGUAAAAAUGUCACCCAAUUUAGAAAAUGCUGAGGCCAUUGUAAAAACUUCGCAAAUGAAUGUUAAGUUCCAACUGCACGAUUCUGAUGAUGAUUUGUGGCAAGAUGAAAAUGAGAACUUCGAGGAUGAGGAAGAAGAAGACGGUGUGUGCACCGUGAGCACAAAUGAGGUUCUUACUUUUGAUGAUAAGAACUAUCCCGUGUACAUGGGCGGAAUCUGGCACGUACUGAUGAUCCCUGACCAGCUACAGAUUCUUAAUCAUCCUAAUCUACAGCUGCCACUGUCAGAAAAUAAGAAAGUGAGUGUUCUAACCCGAGAACAAAAUAAUCACCUUCAGGUCCGUGUGUUGCUGAAUGACAGAGAAUAUCAAUUGCAACAAGUGGGUGAUCAUCUUCAAGCUCUGAUUAAUGGACAAGAAGUUAAACUGUCGAAAAAAGAAAGCCAUGAAGACAAAGAGAACGGAGAAGUUAUCGCCGAAUUAUUUAUGCAACCGGACGGUUUAGUGACACUUGACUUACCGAACCAUGGAAUCACUGUUUUAUAUGACGGAAAACAUGUUCAACUUCAGAUGACACAGGAUUAUCGCAAUAUGGUACGAGGUCUUUGCGGUAAUUACGAUACACAGACCAGCAACGAUUUCCUCACUCCGCAAAACUGUGUUCUGCAGAAGCCGGAAGAAUUCAGCGCUACUUUCGCUGUAUUGAAUGACUCUCAGGAUAAUAACGCUAAGAAUAUGAUUGCGGAGAAUAAGUCCAAAGCAUCUCGUGCCUCUUGCAUUCCGUUAACUCCUCGCCAGACUAAUGUGAUCAACGACAGAGGAAUGGGAAGAGAGUUAGAAAAAUCGUGGGGUCAUCAUCAGAACAGAAAUCAGAAUCAAAAGAAUCAAGAAAACGUCCGCCUUAUCUACCGCACGAAAAUCGAUGAAGGUGAUCAUGAGAUCUGCUUUUCUGUCAGACCUUUGCCAGUAUGCCCCCAUAAUAGCAGGCCUGUGGAAAUAAAGAGGAAGAAUGUCGCGAUGCACUGCAUGACGAGAAAUGAUGCCGCUCAAGAAAUGAAGAAGCGAAUCCAACAAGGAGCUAAUCCGGAUCUGUCUCUCAAUUCUGUCAGCAAGAAGCUGGCCCUCGAACUUCCUAGCCUUGGUUGUGUGGCAUACCUGUCAUUUUGCGUUCAAUAUUCAUAUAAUAUUAUGAAGCUGCGUCUCAUUCUUCUCGUAAUUCUUGGAGCGGCCGUGGCUGACAACAAUUAUGCUUGGGAAACGGGAAACGAAUAUCAAUUUCUUAUACAAAGUCGUACUUUGACGGCUCUCGACAAUUUAGCUCCAGAAUUUUCUGGAAUUGUAAUGAAAGGUGUUCUCACCGUUCAGGUGAGAUCGCCAGACACGCUGCAAGCAAAAGUUUCACAGCCGAAAUAUGCUUCCGUGGACAAAUUACUGUUGGAAAGAUGGGAUUCCACGAUACCCGACCCAAUGUUGACAUUGGUCGAGCUUCCCUUGUCCGAAAAGCCUUUUGAGAUCAAGAUCAAACAUGGUGUAAUUCGAGACCUGUUGGUCGAUAAGACUGUGGCUACCUGGGAAUUAAAUUUAUUGAAGAGUAUUGUGAGUCAACUACAGAUUGAUACGGAGGGCGAGAAUGCAAUAACAAACAAGAGUAAUCAGAUAUUCGAGGAUGAGCAGCCCUUCGCAAUAUUUAAGACGAUGGAGGAUUCUGUUGGUGGUAAAUGCGAGGUUCACUAUGAUAUUACGCCAUUACCCGAGGAUGUACUUUUCAACAGACCAGAACUGGCACCUUUACCAAAUCUUAACAAUGACGGUUAUCUCGAAAUCACAAAAACGAAGAAUUACAACAGAUGCGAGCAGCGAAUGGGUUAUCAUUUUAGUAUGAACGGCAAAAAAAGUUGGAAGUCGGAAUCCAAUGCUGAUGGAUUUCUUUCGAUAUUAUCUACGAGUCACAUUGUUGUCUCGGGAAGUCUGAAACGUUUUACUAUUCAAUCAUCCACAACAACAAACAAGAUAUGCGUGAGACCUGGCAUUUACGAUUCAUACGCUGGUACUGUCUAUAGCAAGAUAAAUUUAACCCUCAAUAGCGUAAAUGAGAUCUUCGAUCCUAUACCCAUAUCCGGCAAUCUCACGUCAACCGGAAACUUAGUGUAUACGUAUAAUAAUCCAUUCUCUGAUGUCGAACAGCGCAAACUACAUCGUCCAAGUCAAGAUACUUCGUCAGUACAGUCGCCCGAAAGUCAUAGUUCUGAAAGUUCUAAGCGGGAAACACAUAGCGACAAUGAUGAUAUGUUUAAUAGCGAGGAACGCUACUAUUUACAACCUAAACCGAGAUUGGAUGAAGUUCCAGAUAAUCCAUUUCUGCCAUAUUUCGUUGGAUACAAAGGCAAGAGUAUCCAGAAGUCGGAGAAAAAUAACACAAAGAAAGUGGUUAGUCUGCUUAUAGACAUUGGAAUGGAACUUCAGCAUGUUUAUGCACGUUUCAAGGACCGACCUCUUGAGAUAUUAGACAAAUUCGCACUUCUGGUGAGAUUGACUUGCACCAUGAACAGCAAUCAAAUUGCUGAAGUGGAAAAUUUGCUGUUUGCAUAUAUUGAUGAGAUCAAGCCUUACAAACGUUUCUUCAUCGCAAGCAUCGUUAAUCCGAUCAUCAUGAACCAGACCACCAGGAAUAUUUUUCGCGACGUUGUCGCUCAGGCCGGAACUGGACCGGCUCUCAUAACUAUCAUAAAUUGGAUAAAAAACAAGAAACUUGAAGGCAUAGAGGCGGCACGAAUUAUUUCAAAAAUUCCCAAAACCGCACGCGUGCCUACAGCAGAAUAUAUUGAUGCGUUUUUUGAAUUAAUUACUGAACCAAUAGUGACAAAACAAGAAUUUUUGAAUGUAUCUGCGCCUUUGGCAUUCGCCGAAUUGAUAUAUUAUUCCCGAGUCAAGGAUACCAGCAUCCCGAAUCGCUAUCCGAUACACAGCUUCGACCGCAUAAACUCGAAACAUGAUCAUGCCGUGCUAGAAAUUUAUAUCCCUUACAUGGCCAAUCAACUGAGGGAAGCCAUCAAGGAAGGCGACAGUCUUCGAAUACAGACAUACAUUGCAGCACUGGGUAAUUUUGGUCAUCGCAAAAUACUUUCGAUCUUCGAACCGUAUUUGGAAGGUAAACAGCCAGUGUCGAAGUUUCAACGUUUGAUGAUGGUCGGCGCGUUAGCGAAAGUAGCCGAAACGAAUCCGGAACUCGCCCAAUCCGUUCUCUACAAAAUCUAUCUAAACACAAUGGACGCUCAUGAAGUGCGUUGCAUGGCAGUCUAUCUCUUAAUGAUAACGAAUCCGCCACUGGCCAUGUUGCAGCGAAUGGCAAAGUUCACUAAUUAUGAUGAGAGUAAGCAUGUAAAUUCUGUCGUCAAGAAUGUUAUAGAAAAUCUCGCUAAGUUGAAACAACCGGAAUGGCAAGAACUCGUUAACAAAGCGCGCAUCGCCAAGGAACUACUGACUCCUCAUAAAUACGGCUUAAAGUAUUCUAAAAGCGUCAUUAAGAACUGGUCCUUUGCCUCCUUGGACACCGUUUAUAAAUUUAUUAUAAAUACAAUAAGUGGCGACGACAGUGAUAUACCUAAAGCCGCAUAUUAUGGUGCGGAUAUAUCUUACGGCGGUUUUAAUCUGCCCACCAUGGAAAAUGGAUAUGUAAUAUCAAGCAUCAGACAAUUCUUCAAUAUGUGGGAUCAAACGGAGCAAAAAGAAAAAAAAGACAGAGCCAGAGGAAGAUUGACCGUUGAAACAAUCGCACAGAUGCUUAACAUAAAACCUGAAAAUCUGGAACAGUUGGAAGGAAAUAUCUUUCUUAACACCAUGUUUGGUAUGCAAUUCUAUCCGUUCGACAAUCACACCAUUGAAAAAAUCACCGACAUACUAAAGAUGUACUUUGUGCCGUCUGCGAAGCUCAAAUCAUUUGAAUUCGGGGAUAAAACUCUUGUAAAUAGCUACGACAUUACGCUGGAACUGCCGACUGAAAGCGGCCUGCCGUUUGUGUACACUUUAAAGAUGUCAGAAUUAGUAAGAGUUAGCGGCAAAGGAACGCUCGACAUCAAACGCUCUAAGGGUUUUGCCAUAGAAGCAAAUGUAGAAAGAAGCAAUAUAGUAAUAAUUGACAAGAUUGAGAGCAGGAUUGGUUUUAUAACGCCUUUUGAGCAUCGUCAUUACAUCGCCGGUAUCGAAGGCAAUAUGCAACUGUCCCUAUCAAAAAGUUUUCGUGUCGGAUGGGAUUCUGUGAAGAAGAAUUUCCAGUUGGAGCUCUAUCCUAAUAAAGUGGUCGAUCACUUUUUGUUUCAUUAUAGCAUUAUUCCUUACAUCACAAAAUACGAAAUUUUAGAUUUUGAAUCUGUAGUUACGAACAACAAGCACUUAGUGCAUACGAAAAAACCGCACGAAAUAAAACUCGCUAUAAGCGAUGGAAUCACCAUAAAAGCAAAAAGCGAUAAUUUCGAUAGAAAUGCUUCGGAAGAAAAGAUUUUUGAAGUUUACCAACAGAUGGCUAAAUUUUGGAGCGGAUAUGACUCUUGCUAUAAGAUGUUCGACAUAUCUUCCGAGAAUUGGACGGGUAAAAUAAACGCCACUUACGAUAUCGUGGAAAUCGAUACUAAUAACUCGGAUUAUCAGCAAUCGUGGCCAUCAGAAGUAAUCGUUCCCUCAACAAUGGACAAAAAACCAAACAGUGAAAUCAGAAGAAAACAAUUUUUGAACGAAGUCAGCAAAGGUAUCAAUUCUGCCACUGCUUACAUUCUUGAUAUCGAACUCGAUCUCCCGUUACCGAUUCGCCAAGCUCUCACUUUCGGAAUAGCAAGUAGCAACGUUGACGAAAAAGCUCAAGCUCUUUUUUACUGGAAUCUUCAAUCGCGGAAAGAAAUAGAUAUAAAUCUUUAUGUGGAGGCAUGCGCCGCGGGACAGAUGCGAUCUUCGCAAAAUAUUCUUUUGAAUUUUGAGAAAGCUAUCGAACAGGUGCCAAAGAAUGAGAUUGACGUUGAUUUGCGAUUUGGAAACAGUUAUAUGGACGGAGAAAGAAUUAGAUUCAAAGGAUACCUGUCGCGAAGUGAUGAUCAGAAGAAGAUUAUAAGAGAUUCCAAAAUAGCCGAGAAAUGUCUACGAGAGAUGAGAUUAGAUAACAAAGGGCUGCGAGCUUGCCAAAGAGUCACCACACUCGCGCGGUGGAAGGAUCAUUUAACGGUAUCAAUGAACGUCGAAUCUGACUUUUUCAAUUUUAUUGUUACUAAGAGUAUUCAAUUCUUCAUCGAAAACAUUAUUUCUGACAAACGAGUAAAUACGAUAAAACCGAGAAACAAUAUAAAUGGUAGCAUGGAGGCGGAAAUAAAAAUACCGCUUGAUAUCAAGAAGACGGAGAUAUCAUUGUAUACUCCGGAUAGAGAUAUUAUGUUUUCUCCGUACAAUCUUUUAACACUAUCAUCAAUUGAUGAAAAUAAAAAUAUCUUACUGGAAAAAGAAGAAGAAGAAGAAAGUAUAGCUUCGUGCACUCUCGACAAAACGCAAGCUGUUACCUUUGAUGAUAAAGUUUAUCCUUUGAAACUAGAGCACUGUCCAUACGUAAUGAUGACUACUUAUUCGCAAGAGAAUUUCAAUAAAUCUUUGAUUAUUCCGGAAGAAAAAAGCGUGGCUGUCAUGGUUAACGAAAUGGAUGACGGCAGCAAGAAGAUCAAUAUGAUUUUGGGUGGCAAUGAAAUUCUACUGGAAAAAUCGCUCGAUUAUCUCAAAGCUACAGUUAACGAACAUAAUGUUCAGUUCUCGCGAUACACAAGCUACCAACACAAACACAAGAACAAAACUGCCAUCGAAAUUUUCGAACUACCUGAUGGUUCGAUCAGGCUCAUCUCAAACAAAUAUGGAGUCAAUGCCGUAUAUGAUGGCGAACGUAUUCGACUUGAGGUAUCCGAUAAAUAUCGCAAUACCAUCCGCGGUCUCUGCGGUAAUUAUGACGCGCAGCCAAACAACGAUUUCAUUACUCCGGGAAAUUGCAUCUUGAAAGAGUAUGAAGAAUUUAGCGCCAUGUACGCUAUGACUAAAUUUUGUCCAGAAUCUAUCACGAAGAAGAUAUCAAUAGCCAAACAAUCCACAUGCAUUCGGAUGUUGCAUCGCCAGAGCAACGUUAUUAAUAGCAGAGAAGUGAACAAAUUUAAGAUCAAGAAUAAAAGAGAUUUUUCUGACGGAUCGUAAGUAUGUGUGCAAAAG